AUGAGUGAAAGCAAUCUUGUACAAGAGAGUGCUACAUCGGAUGAGAGCCACAAGACAUCGUCAAGCGCUAGUUCACAAAGCAUUCCCGUCAUUCCUCCACGACCUAAAUCAAAGAACCGUGCCAAGUCCUCCACGUCACUAGUUUCCAAUUCUUCCGGCAAGAGUUCGGAGCAAGACGGUAAUGCGUCAACCCCGUCUUUGAAAGAUGAUGACAAGGGAAAGAGUGAGGAACCAGAAUUGGAACUUUUGGACGCGUAUAGUGCUACUGGAGCUGAAGAACACGCAGUACCACCUCCGCAAUCUAACGACGUGCUGGGAACGAGCAGUAGCUUGCAUGAUUCGAAUUCCAUUGAAAGGCCACCACAUGCUUCGGAAGUGGAAGAUUCUCAGAUGAAUUAUCAAACGAAUGACCAGGAUACCACGGAUGGGGAUAAGACACCAGGUAAUUCAAAUACUAAGGCUUCCUUUAAGGAAGAUAUAGAUGAAGAAAACGGAAUGGAUGAGGACACUUCUAGCUUUAAUGAUGAUAUGGAGACCGUUUUACAAGAAAGUCAUGACUCUAGUGAUGAGGCAUCGAACCAUUCUGAUCACGUUGCUGCCUUGACGCAGGAUGUUCUGGAAGAAGGGUUGCCAAGAAUGUCAACCGACCAUUCACGGGAAAAGGAUGCUGAUGACGGAUCAAAAGAAGAGCAAGCUGUUGCCACUGAAAGCGGAGAUGAAACUAUAUACGCAUCAAAAGGGGAUGAAGACGACCAUGCUGAAAGGGUGGAACAAGAAAAGUUGCCAAUGAAUAAAGAAGAAGAACCACAUGUGGAUCCCAUUGAGGAAAACGAACAAGGUUCCGAAAAUAAGCUUGUAACAGAAAAGACCCACAUUCCGGUGAUACCAGCUCGACCAGUUCGUAAAUCAGUCCCACGGCGCUCAUCUUCAAUCAACGAUGAGGAUGCAAAAGCGGCUAAAGAACCAUCUUUAGAUGUGGCCGAAAAAGAACCACAAAAUGUGUCAAGCAAUGAGAUUUCCAAAACCCAGUCUAAUGUGGAAAGUGCUGAUCAAGAUAAGGAGGAAACCUCGUCAAGGAAAGCCACUGUUGAAACUAACGCUGAACAGUUACAAGGUAAACCCUCAAUUCCAAAGAUUCCAACCAGGCCAACUAAGAAACUGACAGACUCCAAAGUACCACCGAAAGCCCCACCACCAAAGCCCAAGAAGUUGUCGAGUAAAAUCGAAGCCUUUCAACAGCAACUAUUCAACUCUGCUUCCAAUCAGGGAUCAUCAUCAUCUAAAUCUCCUGAGGCGGGACCAACAAAUGAAGGUGAUGGCACUCCUAAACACACGCCUGUCCAUCGAAAAAUGUUUGAAUCUAGUGGUAUUCCACUUCCAGGCAUGUUUAACCCGGCACUUCGUCCUAUGUCAAGAGAGCCAAAAGAGGCACCAAGAGACGAGUCACGUAGCGAUGCAAAACCAACAAGGAGGGUUCGUGGUCCCAAGGGUAAGAGAUUACCUCAAGCCGUUGCCAAAGCAAAUGUUGUUUCAGAGAGUAAUAGAGUUUUAGAAAAGGGGAAAUUAUGGUCAUUUGCGUUUACCAAGAGCAAUCAUGAGGAGGAGGAGGAGGAGGAGGAGGAGGAGAAGGGGGAGGAGAGUGAAAAGGAUGAUGGAAAAAUCUCUACGGACGCAAAGAUUGCUUCAGAUGAUAUUGACAUCGAAUCGAUUCAUGAAUCUGAGGAGGCAACAACAGUGGAUUCCAAUAUACCAGUUGUUGAUGAGUUGCUGGAUUCUGAAGUCACCGAUAUCAAGUUGAAACGAGAAGAAAGGAGCUCUCCGCUGCUUGAAACUCCAAACACAGUGGUUGAUUUGAAUUUGAAAGAUGAUGCCUUAGACAAUGAUACUUGA